AUGAAAUUUGGGAAAGAAUUCGAAGCACAAAUGGUGCCCGAAUGGCAGCAGGCCUACAUGGACUACCGCCUCCUCAAAAACCUCCUCAAAGAAAUCAAAAUGUCCCGUCAGCGGGCCCAGGCCCAGCCCGGCCCAAAGCGCAGCCUCACCCUCUACCGGGCCUUCAGCGGCCUAACCCAACGGCCCAACAACAACAACAAUGGCCCAACAGCCGAUGUAGAAAGCCAAGUGAUCGUAGUGAACAACGUUAACGAGCGGUCGGAGACCAUGUUCCUGAUGGCGGCGGACGAGGGCGGCGAGCAGGAGCUCGUCUUCUUCAAAAAUCUGGACUCCGAAUUCAACAAGGCGGUGGGCUUCUACCGGGCCAAGGCGGAGGAGGUGGUCCAGGAGGCCCACGGGCUCAAUAGGCAGAUGGAGGCCCUCAUCGCGUUCCGGGUCAAGGUUGAAAGCCCAUCGGGUUGGGCCCAUAAUGGGCUGGAGGAGGAGAGCAGCAGGCUGGCCUUCAACGCGGCGGCUUCCAGGGCUGCCCUGGCUUCUACUACUCCAUUGGCUGCUGUUAGAAGUAGCAGAAGAAUUCGAAUGAAUGUUAUAGAUGAAGAUAUUUCAACUAAUGAGGGGCAGUUAGAAGAAAAACCGAGUGAUAUUAAUUUGGAAAAUCGAGUAAAUGAUCAAACUGAAUUUAUUGAGCUAGCACCUGUGGAGAUACUCGAGCAUGUGAAGUUCAACACCUCAAAGGAAACACCUCGAUCGACAAUCAAAGGUUUUCUCAAUCUUCCCAACCAAACAGAACUUAAGUUCCGUAAGGAUAAUUUGAGGAAAGCAGAGGAACAACUUAAGAAGGCAUUUGUCGAAUUCUACCACAAGCUGAGGCUUUUGAAAAGCUACAGUUUCCUCAAUAUUCUGGCACUCUCGAAAAUCUUGAAAAAGUACGAUAAGAUUGCUUCAAGAAGUGCAUCAAAACCUUACAUGAAAAUGGUUGAUAAUUCCUAUCUCAGCAGCUCGGAUGAGGUCAGCAAAUUGAUGGAAAGGGUAGAGGCAACUUUCAUCAAACACUUUUCCAACUCGAACCGUAGUAAAGGGAUGAAUAUUUUGAGGCCAAAAAAGAAGAGGGAAAAGCAUAGAAUUACCUUCUUUAUGGGAUUUCUUGUUGGCUGCUCCAUUGCACUUAUAGUGGCGCUAAUUUUGAUAAUUCGCGCACGUAAUAUCUUAGAUAAUGAAGGGAGAGUAUUGUACAUGGAAACUAUGUUUCCUCUUUACAGCUUGUUCGGGUUCAUUGUUCUGCACAUGCUGAUGUAUGCUGCAAACAUAUACUUCUGGAGGAGGUAUCGAGUCAAUUACACCUUCAUAUUCGGUUUUAAAGAAGGAACUGAACUUGGCUAUCGAGAGAUUUUGCUUCUCGGUUUUGGCUUAAGUGUGCUGGCUUUAGCCGGUGUGUUAGCCAAUCUUGAUAUGGAAAUGGAUCCCGUUACAAAGGACUAUAGAGGCAUAACCGAGCUCGUUCCUCUCGGAUUAGUAGUGCUUGUGAUUCUGAUUAUGCUUUGCCCUCUAAACAUCUUAUACCGUUCGAGUCGCUUCUUCUUACUUGUCUGCUUGUUUCAUUGUGUUUUAGCUCCUCUUUAUAAGGUAUCAUUACCGGACUUCUUCUUAGCUGAUCAGCUUACAAGCCAGGUUCAAGCUCUGAGGAGUUUAGAGUUUUACAUUUGCUACUAUGGUUGGGGUGAUUACAAAAUGAGGGAAAACAGUUGUCGAGAGAGCGAUGUUUUCAAGACUUUCUCUUACAUUGUGGCCGCAAUACCGUACUAUUGGCGCCUCCUUCAGUACUUGUCGACAAUAGUUGCAGUUAGCACACGAACAGCCUAUACUCUCAACAGGAGUUUUGCGUGGAGGCUGACGGCCUUGAUAACAUCGAUUUUUGCCACAGUCCUUAGCACGUAUUGGGACAUUGUUAUCGAUUGGGGGCUUUUCCAAUGGCACUCCAAAAACCGGUUUUUGAGAGAUAAACUGCUUAUCCCUCACAAAAUUGUUUACUUUGUGGCCAUGGUUUUGAAUGUGCUAUUGAGACUGGCGUGGAUGCAAACCGUGAUGAAUGUUACGGUUUUUUCACUUCACAGGCAGACGAUGAUUACACUUGUGGCUUCUCUUGAGAUAAUUCGUCGUGGUAUAUGGAACUUCUUCAGACUGGAGAAUGAACACCUCAACAAUGUUGGCAAAUAUAGAGCUUUCAAGUCAGUGCCUUUGCCUUUCAACUAUGAUGAAGACGAGGAGAAAGAUGACUAG